AUCACUACAUCGCUUCGUGAAUGAAAUAACUUGUAUGUAGCGGUCGUGUUUGUGGGGGUUGGAGUAGCGACGAAUUUGAGAUACAGCGAGACGGCUACAGUACGGGAGCAGCUCCGAUAACCCCGCCCACCUUGGGCUCAGAUCCCUUACUCGGUUUCAGAGCGGCUCAGCUCAGAGGAGGCAAAGGAGAGAGCCGGACGUCUCGGUAGCGGAGUAUUAUGGCAGAGAUUAUGCACGGAACCUCCACUUUCCGGAUCCCGAAUGUUGUACGUUUCUGACAAGGACUCGGGCAUGGAUCACGCACACGGAGGACCGAGCAGCCGCUUACGGGACAGAAUUAGACAGAAUUAGGCUUCGCUCUAUUUGAAUUAACUGGAGACGACUGUUUGCUAUUUAUAAUUUUAAUACUGCAGUAGAUGUUAGGUUAUAUCAGAUGCCCGGACAAGAGAAAUAGAAGAAAUUGGUUUUAAUGAAUAUCACUAUAUUGCAUCUUCAUCACUUUGAACUUUUAAACACAGAUUACUGUAAUUUGACUUUUUUUUUUUUUUUUAAUUAAUGGUUCAAGUCUCAAAAUGCGUUUUAAAGGUCUUUGACUAAUUAAUACGAAUUUUCGUUUAAAAUCUAUUAGAGUUUCUCUUUUUUAUGGAGCUUGGUAAAUGUACCGGGCAUGUUUGAAGUUAGGCACUGUUUUACAUAUCAUAAUAUUAUCCCUAAAACUUCAUCUAUAAAUAGCCAUUGGCUUAUUUAUUACAUAUUAUAGAUAUCAGUAUAUUAAAUAAUCAACUUAUUUAAAAAGUGGUAGCAAGGUGUCGGAGUUGCAGCACACAGGAUGGAGAGUACCUCUCUGUCAUCAAACCGGCGGUGUCGUUUGGGAGCCGAGAAAACACAGAUUUCUGCAGGAAAGCAUCGCAGGGAAGACGCGGCCCUAUGUGCAGACUACUGCGGGAAGCCGGCGCAGAAAGCCUGCGAGAUCCGACGGGGCUCCAGCGUUAAGAAGCACCACCAUAAACACAACCUGAAACACCGAUACGAGCUGCUGGAGACUCUGGGGAGGGGGACGUACGGCAAAGUGAAAAGGGCCGUAGAGAGGCAGACCGGGAGAGAGGUGGCCAUCAAGUCCAUCCGCAAGGAGAAAAUCAAAGAUGAGCAGGACAUGGUGCACAUCCGCAGGGAGAUCGAGAUCAUGUCGUCCCUUCGGCACCCUCACAUCAUCACCAUCUAUGAAGUGUUUGAGAACCGGGACAAGAUCGUGAUUGUGAUGGAGUACGCCAGCAAGGGCGAGCUGUACGACUACCUGAAUGAGCGGCACCGGCUCACCGAGAGGGAAACCAGGCAUUUCUUCAGGCAGAUCGUCUCCGCUGUGCACUACUGCCAUAAGAAUGGGAUAGUGCAUAGGGACCUGAAACUGGAAAACGUGCUACUGGACGAGAACUUUAACAUCAAGAUUGCAGAUUUUGGCCUCUCCAACCUGUACCACAAAGACAAACUCCUACAGACCUUCUGUGGCAGCCCUCUGUACGCCUCGCCUGAGAUCAUCAAUGGACGGCCCUACCGUGGCCCAGAGGUGGAUAGCUGGGCACUGGGAGUGCUGCUGUACACUCUUAUUUAUGGGACCAUGCCUUUUGAUGGAGGAGAUCAUAGAAACCUUGUCCGUCAGAUCAGCAAUGGGGAAUAUCGAGAGCCAGCUCAGCCCUCAGAUGCACGAGGCCUUAUCCGCUGGAUGUUGAUGGUGAACCCGGAACGUCGAGCCACAGUGGAGGACAUCGCCCACCACUGGUGGGUUAACUGGGGCUGCAGGAACAGCGUCUGUGAUUGUGUCACCACCCACCAGACCAGUUCGCCCCCAGUGCCGCCCCCACGGCAAAACCUUCCCGAGACCCGGACCCUGGGCCGUCUGCGAUACUGGAAGCCCAGUCCGGAAGGCGACGGGGGACAGGUCUGCAUCCGAGGAGAGGGUGAACCAGGUCUGAAGAGGCCCAAGGGCAUCCUGAAAUCAAGAAUACUGGGAGUUCCCAUGCCAGAUGCCCCACGUUUCACGCAGGAUGUAAACUCUGGUUCUAGUGAGGAAGAGGAUGAAACAGGGGGUCUUGCCAUAGCAGGCAGCUUGCUGGUUGACAUACCACCUCCUUUACCCAAGAAGGGCAUUCUGAAAAAGAACAAUCAGCGAGAAUCGGGCUACUACUCUUCCCCAGAGCGCAGCGAGUCCUCUGAGCUUAUGGGGGGUGCUGUGCCAAUUUCUCCCACUGGCACACACCCCAGGAGAAUGGUGGGUAAGAAAGGCAUUCUGAAACGGAGUGGGAAGUACCCAACUGAGUAUACCAUACCAACCAUGGUGUGCACUAGGGACCCCGUUCUCUUCCAUAGUCAGAAGCGGCCCUCAGGCAUAGCAGGUAAUGAGGGCGUCACCCAGUCCCACGUCAGGGCAUCGCUCUCAGCAGAGAGUAUACUCCAGCCAGGCCGCUUUGGGAGCCUCAGGGUCAAGCCGGACUUCCCCACAGCAAAGCUAUGCCAUGGAACACGAGUUUCCGCCAGAGAUAAUGAUGGUUUCUCAAUACUGAGCGACAUGGGCAACCUAAAUCGAGUGUACCAGCAAGCCAAGGACAUCAGUCGCCGGAUAUACUUGUGAUUCAGUGGUGGAAUGGCUGGGUGGGUUUUUGUGAGUUUGCCGUCCAACCACGAUGAGGGUGUUAACAGCCCUGCCACAUGCGCACAUUCACUGUACAAAUCAUGCCUGUACAAGUGCUUCCCACAUCCAGAUGUUUACACUCUUACCAGAAAACCUAGUAGGAACUGCUCUUACAGACACCAGUGACAGAAGUAGAGAAAAUCCACCAAAUGGGGAAGGGCUCAGUUCCUAGAAGAAGCACCACAGAACUUGGUGUUUAGGUGCCUGGACCUCAGUGGGAAAAAAAACCCCCAAAGAUCGAACUUCAAAUGACUGGUAAUGUGGAUCACAGUUUCCGGUAGAAAAUGCAUCAUUGCAAAUUAGAGUUGGCAUGUCUGCUGUUACGAAACUGACAUCCGUAUAAAAUAAUAUACUCUGCUAUCUGAAUGUGUAUCUUGGAUGUAACCUUCACGUGGAAAACACGAGGGCAUAUAUGUCCUCUCUAUGAAAGAAUUCUGCAUAUAGAGUGUUAGAUAUUUCUGCUGUAGGAAGUGCCUUAUGUAAAUGAAUGUUUUAUACAUGUCUCCGUUUGAUUUAACAUGAAUAGGAACUGCAUGUAGGAAGUGCGGGAGAUGAUUGGGGAAGAUAUCUUAAGAGACAGAAUGGCUUUGAGGGAGAACCAAGGGAUGACAUUUUCUCUUUGAGGCAGUGCCCACCCACCUGGUUUGAAGAGUCAGUUAAACAGGACGUUACAGAAGUGUUGAGUUAAGGGAUGGAAGCUUGGGAAUGUGUUCAGUGGAAAAAGUAAAAUGAGAUCCUAAAGUAAUAGAGAGAAUACUUUGUUGCUCUUGCCUCUUGGUUACGAUUGUACUUUGUCACCAUGCAGUAAUUGUCUGGACAGAAAACUUUUGUAAAAUGCACUCUAUCGUUUCCCUGAAUGAAAUGAGAAUUGAAAGCAUUGAUAGUAAAAGGUCUGGGCUGAUGCCUGCUUUUCCCUCCCUGGGGCAGAGAUGGGCUGUUAAAGGCAUCAGUAGGUUUAAUGAUAAACCCUCGUAAAGAGUAGAUGCAAGACAUGGAAGCCACACGAAGACAUCAGGUUUACCCAACAGGGAGUCUCCCCUCCCCCAUGUUUAAUUUUUUUUUAAGUAAUGCCAUUUAUAUAUGCAUUCUGCUUGUGAAGGAAAUGUCACCAUCCUGUUUAGUGUGUAGUAGUGUCAGCGUGUGUAACCAGUUCCUUGGUAUGAAUGGAAAUGGCAAAUUACGUCAUAAUGUGUCUUGUAACCAUUUGUCAUCAACUGGAUUUACAGUGAUUGGAUUAUGCUGUUCAUACUAUGUUAGUAUUUUUCAUUGUUACAAAACUGUUUUCGAUCAGAAUACAGAAAUUAUAUUGCUUUGUGUAAUGGUAAGCUUCUUUUUCAUCCUGACUACCAGCAGUGGAGCUGUUGAACCUCAGUGGAGAAAAAUAGUUGUUUGAAAGCAGAUUUGGGUGUUUGAAGCAGGUACAGAUGUUUACCAUACAUCCCUGUUUUGCUGCCAGAGCACCAAAAUGCUUUUUAAACCUCUGCACAGCCGUUCUUUACGGGUCUAGAGCAGAAUGCAGUAGGGUAUCCCAAGUACAGUGAGUUGGUGGUCUUAAAAUAUGUAUAUUUUCCUUUAUACUUUCUCAUUGGCCUCAUUUGGGUUUAUGCUGGGGGCCAUACAGAUGUUGUUAAUACUAUUGCAGGUUUACCAAGAUUAUUAUAAGUUAAACUGUUUAAAUCAAGAUUGUUCUUUUUUAUGUAAGCGAAUUUAAACUUUCUGACAAACUGGAAUUAAAUUUCAGUCAUCUUGCAUGUCCAUUUUAAAGAAAGUUUCAUGGAAAAAAAUGGCUUUAUAUUAAAUUUAAAAAUAGUAUGUUAUUUAAGCAUUUUGUUGUGUAUGGUAAUCACUGACACCAUCAUGGUCAUCAUUUCAGUAUGGAUAACUUAGCUGGUGUUCAGUGCCUUUGAUAUCAACAUGAUCUUGUUUGUUUAUGAACGUGAUAAUUGCUACCUUCUUGUUACCUUUGUAUGUAUUGGGGUUAAAGACAUGGUGCUGUGACAGGAGUAGGUACAGCAUACAAUUCCCAUGAUCCUUUGAGGCGGCCUGUGGGCGCAGCCAGAUGACUGGCAUCCAUGUUUGUCCUGUGAAUUGGCACUGUCACUGAAUACAUUAUCGUGGGCAAGAUCCCAUUUCCAGUUUAUCGCUCCCUCUUAGCUGUCUUUUCAAAUAAACUGAACAUUCCAGAUCA